AUGCCCUAUUUUUUUGUAAUUUUUCUCCAUUUCGUUGUACAUGAGUCCAGUGCAAGGCUUGAAUGUCAAUUUCCACCUCUCCGGCCAAAUGAGUCUGACGAAAGCCUGCUUAUCGGUCAGAAAACCAGACGAAACGAAGCGUUCCUAAAACAGGUGAGGACGGUGGUACUUCUUGCAUCGUUUCGUCCGGCUUUUCCAUAUUGCAUGACUAUAUUUAUGCCCGGCUUCAAUGAGGCGAUGCGAGGUGAUUUGACGGAAGAGCUAGCGCGAAGCGAUGGCCAGAAAUGCGACAAUCUGGCCUAA